CUAUGUUCUUAGUACAAACCAGUGAGCCUUACACUUGUAAGCUGUGAGCCAGUUGUGACAAGUUUCUUUUGUCUCUCCCCUAACUCCGAACUCGACCGAGAUGGCUGACGAAUAUGGCCGCAGCGGCUACGGCGCCAGGUCCGGCGACGACUACGACAACAAGAACAGCAACGAGGACUACGGCCGCCGCGAAGGUGGUGGGUACAACAAGUCCGGCACCGACGACUACGAGACAGGGUACAACAAGUCCGGCACCGAUGACUACGACACCGGGUACAAGAAGUCCGGCACCGAUGACUACGACCGCAGCGAGGGCCGCGGCGGCUACAACAAGUCUACCGGCGACGACGAGUACAGCGGCGGCGCCGGGUACAAGAAGUCCGGCGGCGACGACUACAACAAGUCCAGCAACGAGGACUAUGGCCGCAACAAAUCCGGAACCGACGACUACGACCGCAGCAGCGGCGGGUACAAGAAGUCCGGCGACGACGAGUACAAGAAGUCCGGUGGUGACGACGAGUACAGCGGCGGUGGGUACAAAAAGUCCGGUGGCGACGACGAGUACGGCAGCGGCGGGUACAAGAAGUCUGGAGCCGACGACGAGGAGUACGGUGCGUCCCGGGACGAGUCUGAGGAUUACAGGAAGGAGGAGAAGGAGCACAAGCACAAGGAACACCUCGGCGAGAUCGGCAGCCUCGCCUCCGGCGCCUUCGCCCUGUACGAGAAGCACCAGGUGAAGAAGGACCCGGAGAACGCGCACCGGCACAAGAUCGAGGAGGAGGUCGCUGCGGUGGCGGCGGUGGGCAGCGGCGGCUACGCGUUCCACGAGCACCACGAGAAGAAGGAGUACAAGGAGUCGGCGGAGGACGCCGAGGAGGAGGAGUCUGGCCGCGGCGAGGGGAAGAAGAAGCACCACUUCUUCGGCUAGCUCC